ACCGUUAGUCCUAAUUCUAAAGCACCAACGAUAUUUAAUAAAUAAUGAAUAUGCAACUUAACUUAACUGUCGGUUUACGGUAUUACCGAUAAUAACCAAUUGAAGUCGUGCAUGUGACUGGCAAGAGAUAGGAGUUGAGUUGACUUUAUGAAUGUCGCAGAUACUCUAGCAUUUACGUUGUUGUGUCUAUUGUUUCGUUUUUGAAGACCAUACAAGUUCAGACAGAAACUCAAAUGUUGUUCAAUUGACACUUUAUCUCGUUUUAUUUUACCAACGGCUACUGUCGGUCUGGCACAUCGUUUUUUGAUCUUACGUGAGUUCUGACACAACCCCCCAUUCCCAUGGCCUCUGCCCUGAGCCAUCUCUCUCCAGUGUCUGGAAGAGAGAGAGAAGGAUGGAGUGAUGGAGGAGGAGGAGAGGACCAGGUGGAGGAUGAGUUUGCGUGUUCUGGAGCGCUACGCGGAGCCCUACUGUCCUUCCACCCCUCCCUGGAGAGGAUAUUUGGGGUGUCCUUUAUGAUCGGGAGAGAGGAGGAUGCUGUGUUGCCACAUGAUGGACAGAUCUGGCUUAAACUAAAAGGAGGAAGGAAGGACGUUGUGGCUGCCAAAUUGUUUGUUAAGGGAGUUGUGAACCAGGAGGCCCCGCAGGAGGUUCCGUAUCCAGGGGUCCUUCACUGUGUGUUCUGUGGAGCACGGGGGCUGUUCAUGGACUGCCUGAUCAGAAACACCUCUGCUCGCAUAGUGGUGGUUUCCCCAGGCUUCCUGCUCAUCUCAGGUCUGGCAGAACCAGUGGUCAGGGCCUACUCCCUGAUCACAGACCUUGUGGAGCGCUCCGAGGGCACCCAGGGACGACUCAGCGAGCCUAGGGACAGGGCAGCAGGCGAGACCCUGGAUUCCCGUCGGGCCUUCAAGUCCCUGGUGGAGAGAUGGGAUGACAGGCACACUCUGGACCUGCUAGUGCUACCGGGAGCAGUGAAGGAGACUUUACUGGAUCUGGUGAGGGAAUCUGGGCUGGGAUCUAACCCUGGUCCCGGGGGCUUGAACCCGGGUCAUGGGGGUUCAAACCCAGGUCAUGGGGGUUUAAAUCCCGGUCCAGGGCUGGGCUCAAACCCCAUUCCAGGGCUGGGCUUGAACCUUGGUCUUGGGGGGUCUAGAGACAGAGUGGGUCUAAUGGACACUGAUACACAGAGACUAUGGGACAGCCAAUUCGAAUUAGAGGCACUAACACUUAUGGAUACCAGAAUAGGGACCAGAGCUGGAGAGGCAAGGGACAUACAGGAAGUACAGGGGAUUUCAAUUACCAAAUCAACGACCAAACCUUCCGAACAUUCCUACCACAACCAAGACCCUGGUCUACGGAAUAUUGGACUGUUUUCUCAACAGACGGUCACUACCGCACCUGUAAAAGGUAGAGAGGGAAGCAGAUAUGGGACACAAGGAGGGAUUGGGAACGAAGCAUCCCCCCGAGAUCCCAUCUUCCACUCUUUCCCCCAAAACGAAGACAUUCGCGGUCGAGCCGAGGGGUCGGAGGGGGCAAAAGGGGUACAAGGGCAUUCCCCACAGGAGGUAAAGGAGGAAGGACACCGGGAAGAGGAGGAGGAGAUAGAGGAGGGAGAAGGGAAUAUGAUGUUGUCAGUAGGGACCAAGGAGGAGUUUGGCCUGCUUCUGAAGUUCUUCACAGCUAUGGGCUAUGCGGAAGACGUGGUACUGAGGGUCCUAGCUCAGACCAGACCCAGAGAAGCUUCCCAGAUCCUGGACCUGGUGCAACAAGAGCAGGACCGGACCAGACUGGCCAUGAACAGCCUUGUGGAGCUAGAGCAUAGAGAGGGGGAGGAGAGUGGAGGUGAAGAAGUGAGAGGAAAGAGAAGCAGUAUAGAUAAAAGAGUGGAGAUGGAGGGAGCCGUGGGAGAAGGGGUGAGGGCUAGAGAAGAGCAAAGAGCGGAGAAGGGAAGAGGGGGGGGUGGAGGAUUGUCUGAUGAUUUGUCCAAGGAUUCAACAGAGGUAGACAGGGGGAGAGGUGAGGGGGGCAGGGAGAGCGAUGAAGGAGACAGUAAGGGAGGAGAGGUGGGGAACGAGGAGGAUUUUGUACUGGGGGUGCUGAAGAGAGCUGCGGCCAACUGUGGGUACACAGAGGAGAAGGUAACAGAAGUAUACAGUAUGUUACCUGAACUGUCCAUACGUCAGCUACUCCUGGAGCUACAGAGAGAGGGCACCAGAGAGACAGAAGCCAAAUCCCAGGACAGGGUACAUGACGAACCAAGAGAGUUGGAUGAGGUUGUCUCAGAGGUUCGGAAAAUGAAGGGCAGAAAAGAGGAAACUGAGAAGGAGAGAGGUAAAGAGAGGAAGGCACCGGCACAACCAUUCACAACUACUGAAAACCGAGAAGUAGAAAGGAAGAGUGCCAAAGGAAUGAGUGAAAGGAAAACGGAUGAGUUAGGAGGAGUGAAAGUGCCAAACCGAACCAUUGAUGGCCCAGUUAGGGUUGAACCGGAUCUGGUUCAGUGGAAUGCUGUGAUGAACCAGAUUCCGUUCCCGACACAUGGUCUCCAGAAGAACCCCACACAGACACGACCGCAACCCGCCCAGACACACACCCCCCGUCUAGCCAGCCCCCCUUUAGUCAGAGGGCCUCCCCAGCCCACCUACCCCAUCACACUACCUCCACAACCCACCAAACUUCCCUUAUUUCCCCAUCAACUCAUUUACCCUCUCACGCAGCCACCCCAGACCACCUUAGACUCCACCCUCACUGUGAAUAACUCCUCAGCAACCAGAGUGAAGGAGAAACGGGGUUUCCUUACACUAGCAGCAGAGGUUCCAGCAAGAAAGGGUCUCCCUACCCCGGCUGUUGAAAUAUGGGGUCUCCCGCCCAUGGCAGCAGGGUCUUUAGUGACCGGGCAGCAGCGCUUCCUGGAAGGACUACAGACGCCCUUUGACCUCAAGCUGACUGACCAACCAGGAGAUCCAGGACUCAGGAUGGUGGUCAUCGAUGGGAGCAAUGUUGCCAUGAGUCACGGUCUGGGUCAUUUAUUUUCGUGUCGAGGAAUCGCCCUGGCCGUGCAACACUUCUGGAACCGCGGCCAUCGCGGAAUCAGCACCUUGCUCCCCCAGUGGAGGCAGAAGAGAGACCCCCGGGUCAAAGAGCAGCACUACCUUACUGAGCUCCAGAACCUGGGUCUGCUCUCCUACACCCCCUCCAGAGAGGUCCAGGGGAAGAGGAUAAACUCAUACGAUGACAGGGUCAUGCUGCAGCUGGCCGAGAGGACAGAUGGAGUGAUCGUGACAAAUGACAACCUUAGAGACCUGCUGGAUGAGUCCCCUGUAUGGAUGGACAUCAUCAAGAAAAGACUCCUCCAGUACACGUUUGUAGGUGAUCACUUCAUGGUGCCUGAUGACCCGCUUGGCCGAGAAGGACCCCAUCUAGAUGACUUCCUACGCUCACUGCACAGGACUCCUGUCCCAGGCAGUCACUCAUUUGCAGGCAUUGCCUCCACCCCCAUCCCCCAAGCCCCCAGGGCCCAGACAGAGGUCCUGAAGUUCAGGGACAGAACACCAGGUGUCGGUGUGGAGCCAGAGUCCAGCCAGGCCCAGAGCAGAGGGAAAAGGAAGGGGCAGGCUAAGGCUGGACACAGUAGCCCUGGAAUGGACCUUGUUCCGGGGAUGGGCCUUGGCCUGGAUAUGGAGAGGAGUGCAGCAGAGACCUCCAGACUUAGGGAGAGAUUAUCCCAGGUGUUCCCAGGACAAGACAGCAUUGUUACUCUGGUGCUGCAGUGUAACCCUACUGUGACUGACAUCAAUUCACUGUCACACUUUAUGCUGCAGCAACAGAUGGAGAGUGAGCAGGGGGGUGAAGACUGAAUGAUGGGGGAGGGCGUGUGUGUGUGUUUGAGGUGGUAUUCCAGAAAAAUAAGACUAAUAUUCGAAGACCAAUAACUUUCGCUUUCUAUUCAGUCUAGUCCAUAGUGUGUGUAUAUUGAUGUAUUAAUGUAUAUUAUUUAAGUGUUUGAAUGAUAGGUUUAGUUAAAAAACAGACAGAUAUUCAAAUUAUGUUUCUUAAUAGAUUUUUAUGUUGGAAACAGGACUUAAAUACUGCAAAACUAUUUUUAAAACAUAUUUCGUACCCUUACAUUUUUAUUUUAUUUAUUGUAACACUUCUGGCCACUGUUGGAUUUUGUGUUAGGGAUGAGCUGUGUUGCUGAAUUCAGUGUACAAUGUUAUCUAUUAAAUAUGACAUAACAGCAUGAAAUUAUUAAGUUGAUGAUGCUCAACUUCUAAUUAAUAAUUUCAAACUCAGAAGUGCCGUACUUCAAUAGUAUAACUUUGUUAAUGUUACUCUUUAAACUACAGUUCAUGUAAUAAGACAAUUAUUUGUUUAUUUUAUACUGUAUAUUCAUACUUUAAAUGCAGUUUGAAAUAGGAAUAAUAUUAUUGUAAGAAGAGUUAGAAAAUGCAUAUAAACCACAAUAAGAAUUAACAAAUUGAACAAUCAUUAAUUGGUAAUAUUGAAAAAAUAUCAUAAUCAAUCAAAUCUCAUUAAUCAAUCAAUGAAUUAACCAAUUACACAUGUUCUCCUUGUGGGGACUGUUACAUUGACCCACAGAAUGUAAAUUCAAACACACGUUUGUCAUGUUAAGAUAGUUGUUUACACUUAGAAAUAACAAGAAAAGUAAAUACAUUGAAUCAAUGACAUGGAAGGUGUCCUGCAGGGGUUGAUUCUGGGUCCUGUACUUUUUACUGUUUACAUUAACAUAUGUAUGUGUUACCUGUGCAGUGAGCGUAGGAAGUCAUCGAGAUGGGGUCCUUCUCGGCCCAGCGGGUCAUCAGGCACCAUGAAGUGAUCACCUACAAACGUGUACUGGAGGAGUCUGUAAAAAAUUGUAACCUGCACUUGUAUGCCUAAAGUACUGUUUAUGCUAUUGCCCCCACGGGUGACCAAGCUCUGUCUGAACUAGUCUACCUUCAUUGUAUUACAGAAAAACUUUAUUGACCUGAAAUUAGUAUUGAAUGCAGGUAAAAGUAUAUGUAGUUCUCUAGAGCGCAUAAAAAUAACUCUGUGUUAAGCAUAUGUACUUUGGAUGGUGUCAAUAUUGAUCGUGUCCCUGCUUACAAAUAUCUGUAUAGAUGAAAAACUGUCUUUUAAAAAGCAUAUUCAUGAGUUAGUUAAGAAGCUGAGAAUAAAAAUGGGCUUCUUCUAUUGAUAUAGGUCCCGUCUCUCGAUAAAUAGUAAAAAGCAGAUUAUUCAGUCAACAUUCCUAUAGGUCCUAGACUACGGCGACAUCAUCUAUAUGAAAGCAGCUGGUACUUCAUUAAAGCCAUUAGAUGCAGUUUAUCAUAGCUCAUUGCGCUUUGUUACGUGCGACAAUUUUAAUACUCAUCACUGCAUUCUCUACCGGAAAGUUGGUUGGCCCUUUUUGAUGUCACGUAGAUUGAUACAUUGCUAUGUUUUCAUUUAUAAAGCACUUUUACAAAAAGUCCCACUUUACCUAACGUCAUUACUAAACUUUAGACAUACGAGUUGCCACGCCUGGUCUUAGGGAUGGUUAACUCUGGAAAUUCCUUUGGUCUCUACUGAGUUAGGUAAAUCAGCUUUUAGUUUUCAUGCACCUUAUUUGUGGAACGAUCUUCAAAAUGUUCUUAAAUUUGAUGUUUUGGUGCCUCUAUGGCAAUUCAGAAAGCUGAUUUUAGGACCUUAUUACUGAUUAAUGUGUUAUUUUCUUAUGACCGUGUAUUUUCUUUCUUUCUGCUUGCGUUUUGUAUUUAUAUUCAUGUGUAUUUUCUGUAAUUUAUGUAAUUCAGGGCUCAUCUGUAAGAGACCUUGGACCCCCAGAUAAAAUAAAGGUUAACUAAAUG